AUGUACCCCUUCGCUUGUUCCAAGGUUUAUGAUAUUCGGGAGUAUACUGACAAUACCAAAUGGGGGCCCUUUAUGGAUGACGACACCGAUAGGGUCGACUGGGAGAAGGUCGAGGCCAUUAUGAUUGUUCUGAGGGCGAAUAUCCAGAAUAAGGGGCUGGAUAACUUCCCUAUCUUCACCAACUUUUGGAACACGCCAUUCCCGGGCACGUGGCCAAAUAGCUAUAUUCCCAUGCCCCUAAACCGGGAGAUCACCCCCUUGGAGACCGGUGACCCAUACGACGUAUCAGGGACUUGGCUCAGAGUUGUGUGCUUCCUCGAUUACAACGACUUCUUCAAUUACAACUUCCCAGGCUCCGACCACCUCCCGUCGAGCGUUCCGCGCCACGCCCUAGAUGUUGGGGAGGCCACUCGCCUCAUCUUGAUGAAGAUCCAUGUAACCAAGAUCGAGGCACCUGGCCCGGAGGAUGGGCAGGAGCUACCUGUUGUGCACUUUGAGGGCUUCUCGCGGUCGCUAGACGGCUCUUGGGACGAGAAUGCCAAUUCCGAUCUAAGAGGUGAAGUGAACAUCUACGGGAGCUGCCGGCUCACUAGAGAAGGCGAAGUAAGAUGGACGACAUGGUCCAUCUUCAGCGGCCAAGAGCGCUGGCGCAGCGAAAGCGUACAGCUUGGAGGGCUUCGGUCUUCCAAGGUUGUAGGCAACUGGUUCGACAAAGACUACGAUCCAAGCGGACCUUGCGGUCCAACGGCGUUCUGGAAAAUCAGUGACCGGGAGCCAAAGAGCGAUGAUCAGCAGGUACUGUUAAAUGACUUUCUGCCAAUUGUAGAUGGUUACGAGGAAGACUUUGAUGGGGAAGAGGAGGACGAGGACGAGUAUCUUCCUCAGUACCUCGAUCUAGACUGGUUCAUGGUGGGUGACGAUAUCUGA